ACAACGUAUAGUUCAGCGCGGUCAAAUCGGCGCCAGGCUUUGAUAGCAGCAAUUGUCGGUCGUACAUACUAUAUAGUAUACUGGUACGCCAAAUAUUAUAGGAUGUGGAAAUAUCUACGAAGUAGAUUUUUCUGUUUGUACUCCUUACUUUCCUUUUAUUGCUAAUAAACGAAGUACUCGUGAGCAACUGAAAGUCAACGAAUCCAGCUGAAGUCACGGAUCCUGCCCUAAUAAUACUGUCAUUUACUUGUUCUGGGAUUAGGAAAUCCUUCAACGUGGUGCCCUUCCACUGGUGAGUCGGAAGAAGACACUACGUCAUUCAAGACUCAACGACGUGGCGUCUCGCAAUGUGUAAUCUCUACCCAACCGCGACGGCUAGAUUUGUUUGGGCAAGUUUCUCAGCCAGAAGAUAAUGAGAUAUUGCUGUUUGGUCAGCCCUCACCUAAAAACAGGCGCAGGAAUCCACAGGAGAUUGCACCGAAAAGCUUCCAGGAAAGUCUACAAAAGAGUCCACCGAAGAGCGCAUCUAACGAAAGUCAAUCCAAUUUCGACCCGAGCAGUGACGUCAGGCCAACACGACCACGAGAACUUAUUUGUUAUAGAAGAUGAUCCUGCUGAAGAGCAGAACAGAGAAACCAUCGGCUUCAAACCUCGACAAAAGCUUUUAGAUGGCACCUCCCUACUAGCACGAUACAAAGGCAAACAUGCUAAGGAUUGGAAAGAUGUCUUCAACCCGGAAUAUUGGCGAGGCUAUGUUGUCCGAUGGGAACAUUUACCAGACGUUGUACUUGAACAAAUAAUGGGACAUCUCAAUAUUCCUGACAAACACAGCAUGUCACAGGUGUGUCGUAAUUGGUACCGUGCCUUUCAUCUGCCACGAUGCUGGCGACAUUUCAUACUCAACGAUCGAACACUGACCAAGCGAAAGUAUACCAGAUACUUUGGCUACGUAUAUGAACUCGACCAUUACCGUAUGCAAUUUUGUUUACAAAAAGUGUCACCGUAUUGGCAUGCUAUCCACGUGCAACCGAUGUCGACUUUGAUGAAUCUAUUCAACUUUGUCACUCUUGCUGCCCACUUCAGCAAAUCGCGACGCGAACGGAUCGGUGUCGAGGCGUUCAGAAACCUGCACACAUUUGAGUUUAACUUUUCACCGGAUCACAUACAGGGUACUGGUCAGCAUCACGAUAACGUGGUAUACGGAACAGGAGGACAGCUUCUGAAAGGUGUCAAGGACCUGCUGACUGAGCUACGCUUUCUGCGUCACCUGAUUCUAACGAACUUACUAUUGGAUAAUGCCUUCGAAGCUACGAGUCUGCUUGACGAAGCUGCUGCUAAUUGCAUGUUUUCGUUAGAAACACUCAACAUUACCAAUUUGACUCGUGGUCCAGUUACGUUUUUGCAUCCUGGUACAUUCUUUCAUCUGCGCGUGCUGUACAUGUCCCCUCAAAACUUACACAAGGACACCUUACGAGUGAUCGCUGAAGGCUGCCGUAGGCUCCAGGAGAUGCAUCUGGUUCAAAAUCAGUACACCCAGAUAGGCAUGGUAGUUGCAGCAAAGUACUGGACAGAGUUUCAUAGGAUUAAUCCAGCUAUCAAGGUGCAACUUGUCCUGCAGGGAAGGGCCAGAACCGAUCUCAUUUGGCAGGAGCGGUGUCCCGUUGAAAGCGUUGUUAUAGACUCACGAUUCAAGCCUCUCACAGCUGAAGCAGCUGUACUGGCUACAUCUUUGUACGGAAAUGGGCUGCGUAAUUUAAUUUACCUGGGGUUACCCCGCUUUCCACAAAGCAAGAAAUUCUCGGAAAGGUGCGACUCAUCACUGCUGCUUCUCGUUAGACAAUGUACCCACUUACAGAGACUUAUCAUCCGGGAGGUAAUUUCCACAUGCACGCUUCUCCUAAUUGCCUACUAUGGAAGUCGCUCUAAUCUCGAACUGCUAAUCGUACGAGCCAAUGGAAUUAAACGAAGAUUCGAUUUCCCGCCCAGCCCAGAAUGGAGCCCAGAGUUUGUACAAUGGGUGAAAGCCUGCUCGACGACUUACAAAGCUUGCUUUGCUGAAGUCUGUCAGUUAAUGGGAGACCCGUCAUGGAGACCACUCACUGACAAAGAGUUUAAAAAACUACAGAAUUAUGACAGUGUCCGCCACAUGAACAGAAUUAACUAUAAUGCCUAGUACAGACAUAAGAAGGUAUAGUUGUCAGUGACUGUUCUAGUUUAUCUCGGAUGUUUCAUUUAAUCUUAGACGCUAGUCGUCGACCACUGGUUACGGUUUACGACUCUGUUAUCAUGUCGUUUAGACGCAGAUAAAGCCACAGCGCGUUCGAGAGAAGAUAUUGAAAUACUUCGUUUACUAAACUUCAUUAUUGACAAUUUGUUAUAAACACAUAUUGUAAUUAAGGAACAAGCUCUACUCUAAUAAUUCCGAAAGCAAUGUAUCUUCAGAACACGCCGUCUUUGAACACUCUUCAGUUAAUAUCGCUCAGAGAACAAUACUUGAGUGGCGCAGUAUGGCAAUUGUUCGAGAGGAAGCAGCUACUUUGAACAACAGAAUUUUCGCGUAAUUUUUGACCAUAGUGUGAGAUUGUAUGAUAUAGGGAUCAAGCUCUCAUAUGUGGUAGAAUCAAGAUGCAUCUAUAGCAGUGGAGCCGUGAAAAAACCGUACAAACAACCAGAACCAUAGCGUCAUGUAAAAUGUAUAGGUAAUAGUGAAAAGCUAGUAUGGUCCCAGUAAACAAUCAAAUAUUCAACCACAAAACUGCGCCUGAAAUCCGAUUGUCACUGACAUGGAUAAAGCUUUAUUUUUACUACCCAAUUCAAAAUAAAUACUUAAGACAAAUGAUUUCGUA